ACGUUUCUCGUGCAACAUUCCCCAAACGGCGCGAGAGAUCGUUUUCGGUUUAAUUUCUCCACCGUUCUCGUUUCGUUCUCUGCCGCCGCGUAGGACCCUAGAGCUGGCUUCGUUUUCUCGACGUCUUCCUGUCGUCUGCAGAAAGUUUGUUCUCGUGAAGAGUUCCCUGGACGGCAGCUGAAGAAAGCAGCCUGGUCAACUGGUCAAGUCUGUUGAUUUCUUCUGGCACUUGAUACAUCGCUCAUAGCAAAAACGCAGUGAAAAUAGUGCUCCGUCAAGAGGACAGAGUGCUGUCUCGUGAAACGAAACCAUGGGGAAGCAGAACAGCAAGCUCCGCCCUGAGGUGAUGCAGGACCUGCUGGAAAGCACAGACUUUACGGAGCAUGAAAUCCAGGAAUGGUACAAGGGCUUUCUACGGGACUGUCCCAGCGGCAACCUCUCCAUGGAGGAGUUUAAGAAAAUCUACGGAAACUUCUUUCCUUACGGAGAUGCCUCAAAGUUUGCCGAGCACGUGUUCCGUACUUUUGACGCGAAUGGCGAUGGCACGAUAGACUUUCGGGAGUUCAUCAUUGCGCUGAGCGUCACGUCACGAGGGAAGCUGGAACAGAAGCUCAAGUGGGCGUUUAGCAUGUACGAUUUGGAUGGAAACGGAUACAUCAGCAAAGCAGAGAUGCUGGAGAUUGUGCAGGCGAUUUAUAAGAUGGUGUCAUCAGUGAUGAAGAUGCCAGAGGAUGAGUCCACACCUGAGAAGAGAACAGAAAAGAUCUUCAGACAAAUGGACACCAACCGAGAUGGAAAACUGUCUCUGGAGGAGUUCAUCAAAGGGGCGAAGAGCGACCCGUCCAUUGUGCGUCUGCUACAGUGCGACCCCAGCAGCGCGGGACAGUUCUGAGAUCAGCGUCUCGUGCUUCAACCUUUUAUUUAUUUAUGGGUUUUAAGUUAGUUUUUGAUAUAGUCGCUCCUUCCACUCGCAGGGAAAUGAUGGAGGGUCAGGUUUUUUUUUCCAGAGUAGGGCAUCUGGGUCUCAUCAGAUUGAGCUUGGCCAGAUAUAGAAACACACACACACACACACACACACAGUUAUUGGCCGUGUUAUCUCUGUAGGGAGCCGCGCCGGGCCUGCAAGAGGCCUGUGAUGGAGUGAAUUAGGGUAACUAGAGCAUUUAUCUGAGCUCGAAUCACUUCCUGAUUAGAAAAGAGGGUUCGUGUCAAAGUACGUACGUAGUCAGUUUUGUUCUUAUUUUCUCUGGGUUUUAGAUGAGGCUGUUUAAGCUCGACUAAAACAGGAAUAUAAAGUGCACUCGGUAAAAUUCUCUACUUUUUUUUUUUUUAAUUGAAAAAAAUAUCUGAUGCCCGAGUCAAUAGCGUGUUAACACCUCAGCCUUAGCGAUUUAAAUAUUGGGUUAUUUUGUACUUUAUUUAGACUGUGUAGUUUCUCUCAGUUCAUAGUUUGGCCAGCAUUAUUAUUGUCAGAUCGCAGUAUUAUUAUUAUUAUUAUUAUUAUUAUUAUUAUUAUUAUCCAGCGGGACCAAGAAAUCAGGCAUUCAGAUUUUCCAAUCGUAUGAAUCCCCACGCCGUGCUUCGUCUAAAGAGCCUUAUCACUUAGUGCUGGAAGCGCACAUCCAAUUUUGUGUGAAUUAUUAGUUUGGUUAUAGUCGGGACAGUCUAGGUUUAAAAGACACGAAAUGAACUGCGUUCUCUUUUACCAGUUUUCUAAUGUUUAUACUCUAGUAACCGUAGGCUUGUAUAUAAAUCUGAAAUAUCGGACACGCAUGCAAAUCUGUACUCAGAGUUCCAUCUUAGGAUGCAGCGAUCGGUUUUAUUGACAUUUUUAGCAAACGCAUGUAACCACGUUUAUCUGCAUUUGUGGACAGGAGAGUAUUUGUGUAGUGUGUAUGCAUGUGGUGUGUGUGUGUGUGUGUGUGUGUGUGUGUGUGUGUGUGUGUUAAUAUCAGUUCCAGCCCUGUUUGCUCAUCCUGGUUCUAGAUGUUGUGAUGCAUCGUUCGCAGAACAUUUUCGUUAUUGAAGAAGAACUAAAGCUUUAUUGAUUCAAAGCUAAUAUGAUUUUAAAAUCACAUUUAUCUGCUAGAAACUCUGGAUCGUACACAUGAGCAUCGUCGAGUUACUGAACUGCCUUAUACACACUCAAGUGUUUCUGUGGGUGAGUGAUUUUUAUAUGGCUUUGUUCCCAUUUUUUAAUCGAGCUUCAAUUGCAGCGCAUUCGCUUCGAUCAUCCAUCUGUUGAAGAGCCGAGCUCAAUGUUCUUCCCGUUCACCCCUUUAAUGGAUCGUGUAGUUACGUUGACGGCCUUUCGCUUAAUAUAUAUUAAUCUGUCAUUACCGAGUCAGACGCUCGUUUCAAAAUAACAUCAGGAGCGUAAGAGGAAAUAGGACCAAUGGCUUUUCAAAUGCCCCUUGCAUUCACGUUGCAUUCCAUUUCACUUGCGGAACGAAUUGAACAAUAGGUAGAGAGCAUUUAUUCAGACUCCUAAUAGUUCCCGCGUCAACCUGUGCCCGCCGCUUCUACCGAUGUUCAAUGUUUUCAGAUGUCCUCGUCGACGUCAAAUGCCUCACCACAGUGCAUUCGGUUCUGCUAUACUGUCAAUGAAUGUUUUUAUUGUUUUUAUUUGACUUGUUGAACAACUGCUGUUUUUGUAAAAAAAAAAAAUAUAUAGAAAAGUGGCAGAUCAAACUGCUCUGUAAUUUCAUGUCUUAUGCAUAUUUUAUGUAGGUUUUUUUUUGUUUUGGUUUUUUUUUUACAUCUGACGUAACAUUUCUGUAUCACGGUUAUAUCAUGUGGUCAGGUGCCAAAAAUAUGAAAGCAGUAUUGUAUAAAUUUAUACUGUACAAUUGUUAUUUGUCAAACAAAUUGUUUGUAAUUGUUGCAUUUUGUAGAUUUUGUAUGGUAAUCUGUAUUUUGUGACUGUAGAUUUGAGACAUAGAGAUUUGUUUUGGUUAUCAUAUUGAGCAGAAAUUAAAUCUUGAGAGAACAAAGUA